AUGGUUGAAUUGUUCGAUAAAGGUUUGUUAAAAGGAGUCGUCAAGCCAGCCAUUGAUGAGUCAACUUUUGCUCAACUGCAAGAUGAGUAUCAUAGUCUAUUAGAUGAUUUGAAAAAGAAUAAACUGCUCGAUAACUUUCGUGAUGAAUACGAAAAAGUCAUGGCUGCCCUUUUUAAAUCUCAUGAAAACGAGAAAAAGUUAAUGAAGCGGUGCAGAGAAUUAAAGGCCGAUAUUCUCUCGAAUUCUAUUCGUAUACAGCACGUUAACAAGAUAUCAAACGAUAGCCCUGAAAAUAUUUCCAAACUUAAGAAGGAAUUGGAAUAUGCACGGAGUCUGGUAGUUGCCGCUGACGCUAAGGAAAAUCAAAUUAAAGAUCGCAUAAAAGUUAUCAAGGAGAAUAUUGCAACUCUCACUAAAGUGAUUGAGAAGGGUGAAUCUGAUGAGAUAGGAGCUAAUGCGGUAGCUGAGGUCACGAAAAAUUUGGAAGAAGUGACGAAAGUAAAAGUGAAACAGGAGGCGGAAAACGCCAGGCUUCGAAAAGAAGUAGACUCCACCAAGGAACAAGUUAAUAAAUUACAGGAUGAACUUAUUCAAGCUCAACAGAAAAUAGCGGAGCUCGGAAAAGAUAUUCAACAAAAAUCCAGCGAAGCUCAACGAGAAUUGCGAAAGAAGGAGAGAAUGGAGAAAGAGUUAAAUGAAGUUCGUGAACAAGUUGAAAUGAAACAGUCGGACAUUCAGGCCAUAACUCUUGCAAUUGAACAACUACAGGAUGAGUUAGAGAAGCGACAAGAGGAGAAGGAGGCCCUUCAAUUGAACAAUGAACAGUCAAUUAGAAAAUUGCAGCUUUCUGAGGCAAAGCUAGCUGAAGUGCAGAAAAAACUCGAUGCUCAAAUAAAUCUCACUGAAAGUCUUAGAGUGGAGAAUGGGGCCAAACUAGUGGAAGUCAAGCAAAAGGAAGAGGAAUUAAGUGCUAUCAAAUCAGAGAAUGCCAAGCUAAUCAGUCAAAAUGAUUCUUCAAAUAAACGUCUCCAAGAAAUUGAGGAGAAGAAACAAGAGCUUGAACAGACCCGUAACAAAAUUCGUGAAAGUAUCGAUACAAUAGAACGUGAGAUUCUUGAAACUCGAAAGGCCAUGAAGAGAGAUAGAAAAGUGUGUGAAGAUUUAACCCGACAAAGAGAUGCUCUGUCAAAGUCUCUUUUCAAAGUGCAAACUCAAGCUGGAAAACAAGCAGAUCUUUUAAAAAUUCACGAAAUAUCUAAGCAGAACCUUGAACAGGAGAUUUCCAAUUACAAUCAAGAAACACUAACUCAGAAAGAAAUGAUCAGUAUGCUUGAAAAAGAACGUGAUCAUUAUGUCAAAGAAGCCUCCUGUUAUACACAAAAAGUUCUUGACUUUAUGGAAGAAGUCAAAUACCGUGAAAUGGAGAUAUUCGACAACAAAAAGAAAAUUGCUGAAGCUCAGACUAAACUAAAACAACAAGAGAAUCUUUACGAAGCAGUGAAAAGCGACAGGAAUCUAUAUUCAAAGAAUCUAAUCGAAGCACAGGAAGAAAUAAGCGAAUUGAAGCGAAAGUUAAACAUAAUGACACAGAAAAUUGGCCAAAUAAAAGAUGAAAUAGCAAGCAAAGAUGUACUAAUGGUUCAAGAGACAGCCGAAUGCAAUAAAAUAUCCCAAGAACAAAAUGAUUUGCAAAAAGAGUUGGAGAAAAUGAAAGAAAUAACUAUUAAAAAUAAGACAUUUAUGGAAGCGCAGAAGAAGGAAGAGAAGCAGCUUGUUGCAAGAAUUCAAGAAGCGGAGACUGAGCACUCUAAAUACAAGAAAGUGCUGAGUGAAGCCAUUAACGACAAGAAUGUUCUAGAAGUUCAAAUAUCACGACGUAAUGAUGAAUUGAUAGAAUUACAUAAUAAAAUUUACUUGGUGGAAAAUGAAUUACUUAUUGGGGAGAAAGAAUACGCCAAAGUGUUAUUAAAUCUGAAAGAAGUUCGAGAUGAUAUAAGCCGGUGUCGGAAAGAGAAGGCUUUACUACAAGCCGAUUUAGCUCAAAUGGAAAAUCUAAAAAGGGGAGUGAUUCAAGCGGAGAAAGAGCUGAGGCAGGAAGAAGUGAGAUGUAAAGCCCUGGAGGAUGAGCUUCAAAUUCCAAUCAAUGUUCAUCGAUGGCGACAGAUUGAGGGUGGCGAUCCAACCUCCUUGGAAUUGAUAAGAAAGAUUCACACAUUACAGAAGCGUCUUUUAAACAAAACUGAAGAGGUUGUGCAAAAAGAACUCCAAAUUGGGGAGAAAGAACGUCUUUAUGUUGAUCUAAAACAGACUUUGCUUCGUAAACCUGGUCCCGAAGUAGCCGAGCAAAUGUAUAUCUAUCAAAAUGCUCUAAAAGAAAAACAAGCCGCUUUGAAGGUAAUGAAACAAGAAGCCGAAAAAUAUGAAGAAAGUAUAAAACAAUACAAGCAAAAAAUAGAAGAUCUGAAUAAUGAGGCGGAAGAUAUGAAAAGGACCUUCAUAGCCAAAAAACUUGAAAAUGAUAAGGCUAGAUGUCGAAAGAAGAAGGAAAAGGAGCCAAUGUUGAAUCUUAUUGUAGAGAAAGCAUCACCGAUAAUUACUAUAACAAACUCUAAAAUUGAAAGGGAUAGAGAGGAAGGAAACCAUGAACAAAAGGGAGUGGGCAAAAUUGAGGGAGAAACAGAGAAUUUGGUAAUGAAUACUGAGAACAAAGAACGUAGUAAGAUCCACAGUGACAAAGAGCUUGAAGAUAAUCAUAUUGAAGAAGAAAAGUAG